CGUUGUGCGCAGGCGCGAAGUGCCGAGUCCUUGGACGCGCAGAGUGCUGCUGUAGGUGAAGCUGUGAUCUGUGUUCAGGACACGGACAAAAUGCAGAGCUGGAACCAGCUUUACCGCGCCCUCGCCACGCGAGGACAACACCUGCCCUGCAAGUUGCAUGGAGCCACAGCAUUAUCUGUGAGAACGUAUGCAGACAAAGCCCCAAUUGAUGCUGAUGUAACAGUUGUUGGCUCUGGGCCUGGAGGAUAUGUAGCCGCAAUCAAAGCUGCACAGCUUGGUUUCAAGACAGUGUGUGUGGAAAAGAAUGUCACCCUUGGAGGGACAUGUUUAAAUGUGGGCUGCAUCCCCUCAAAGGCCCUGUUAAACAACUCUUAUCUGUAUCACCUGGCUCAUGGAAAGGACUUUGAAAGUAGAGGCAUUGAAAUCCAGGGUAUUUCCCUAAACCUGGAGAAGAUGAUGGCACAGAAGAGUGGUGCAGUCAAGGCAUUGACUGGAGGCAUAGCUCACUUAUUUAAACAAAAUAAGGUUACUCAUGUCAGUGGGUUUGGAAUGAUUACUGGUAAAAAUCAGGUCACUGCAAAGACUGCAGAUGGUGGUGAGCAAGUUAUUAACACCAAAAACAUCCUGAUUGCUACAGGAUCAGAGGUCACUCCAUUCCCAGGAAUCGAGAUUGACGAGGAAAAUGUGGUGUCCUCUACAGGGGCACUGUCCCUCAAGAAAGUCCCAGAGGAGCUGAUUGUUAUUGGAGCUGGAGUGAUUGGAGUAGAGUUGGGCUCAGUAUGGCAGAGGCUGGGCUCCAAAGUGACAGCAGUGGAGUUCUUGGGACAUGUGGGUGGAAUGGGCAUCGACAUGGAAGUCUCCAAAAACUUCCAGCGUAUUCUUCAGAAACAGGGCAUGAAGUUCAAGCUUGGCACCAAGGUCAUGGGUGCCAACAAGAGGCCAGAUGGAAAGAUUGAUGUUGCAGUGGAGGCUGCUGCUGGAGGCAAGAACGAGACCCUUACCUGUGAUGUUCUGUUGGUAUGCAUUGGCCGUCGCCCUUUCACACAAAGCCUUGGGCUGGAGGCAGUUGGUAUUGAACUGGACAACCGUGGUCGGAUUCCCAUCAAUAAUCGUUUCCAGACCAAAGUGCCCAGCAUUUAUGCAAUUGGUGAUGUGGUGGCUGGACCCAUGCUGGCUCACAAGGCAGAGGACGAAGGCAUUAUUUGUGUGGAGGGCAUGGCAGGAGGAGCCGUUCACAUUGAUUACAACUGUGUUCCAUCCGUCAUCUACACACACCCUGAAGUGGCCUGGGUGGGCAAAAAUGAAGAGCAGCUUAAGGAGGAGGGAGUUCCAUACAAAAUAGGCAAAUUCCCCUUUGCUGCCAAUAGCAGAGCAAAGACUAAUGCUGAUACAGACGGCAUGGUGAAGAUCUUGAGUCACAAAGAGACCGACAGAAUGCUGGGAGCUCACAUCCUGGGAUCAGGGGCUGGUGAGAUGAUCAACGAGGCUGCACUUGCUAUGGAAUACGGAGCAUCUUGUGAAGAUGUUGCAAGAGUUUGCCAUGCCCAUCCAACGGUUUCAGAGGCCUUCAGAGAAGCCAACCUUGCUGCUUCGUUUGGAAAAGCUAUCAAUUUCUAGAUCCUCGUAAGAUACCUGUAUAUAUCGUCUGCUUCAUGACUGGUUUUGGAACUUUCACUACGCACAUUUUGGAGAUCCUCCACCUUGAGCUUUCAGGAGAAUCCCUCAUGCAUACAUUACACUUACAUUUAGUAUGUUAUUUAAAUGUUCUAAUAAAGGGUUUUGGGUCUUAUGAUGGACUGACUGAGAGUUUGACUCAUGAAAUGAGUGAUUCAUUAUAAUGUUUGUAUUACAGUUGUACCUAAAUGUAUUGAGUCAAGUACAGAUGCAAACAGCAAGAGUCGCAUUACCCCAAAGUAGUAAAGAGGAAAUCAAGGCAAAUGAAAACAAGAUAUGGUGAAAGAAAAAUAAUAAAAUAAAUAAGAUGUAUUUCA